AUGACGGAACUGAAUCUAGGUCACACGGGAACUAGACGACAGUCCUACCUUACUUCAGCUGGCGCCUUUUUUCUCUACCUCGGAAAAAAUCUCUCGCAUUCCAGUCGGGAAUCCCAGAUGACACGAGGAUUUUCAACAUCGUUUGGAGAACCUCUAAGCGAUCUGUCGAAGAAAUAUGUGAGGGAAGUGCGAUCCAAGAUAACGCAGCCAAUCAGUUCAACAGUAAGGUUACACCGCCAUCUCAUUGCACUAUUCCUGUGA